CUUCUAUGAAUCAAUCAUGAUUUACCUUUCUAUUCGACUCUGCCGUGCGAAAGUUGUCAACUCUAUACGAUUAAAUCCAGGGAGACCAAGUCGGCUCCCAAGGAGCCCAACCCCCGCCUAAAAAUACAUUCAUCCAUUUCUCAAGGCAGAUUGUUCUCGCAAGAUGGCAAUAUCUCGCGCCACCUCCCUCCCAAAUCUCUACUCUUCCGUAUACCUUCUUCCACCAGACUCUUCUCCAUCCGCCCCUCCCACUUUCUGUGCUAACCUUAACCCCCUCAAUACGACGAAAUCUGUCAGUUGCCAUACCCGUGAUUCACCCCUUUUCGUUAGCUCAGCUGCAGAGACAUAUAAACCCUCCGCUGAACCGCCCCUCUUGUAAUCUUAAUUCAGACAUCUCAAUCUACAUCAACUUUCCCCUCAUAUUUUGAAACUUAAUUAUAUGCCAAACAUUGCCUUGUUCAUGCAAUUGUCAAAAUUCUGUGCUAGGAACGGAAUGCGAUAUCCGUUGGACCUUGAACGAGGGUGGGAAGAAUUCACAGAGACGAAGGAGCGCGGAAAUAGGAAGGCGCAGUUAGGGAAUCGUGUUUGGUCUUGGGCUGGCCACUGCGUUGCAGCGUUGGUUAUGGGAGGUGUUUGGAUGGCAAGUUCUUGUUUUUGAUUCCUUACUAGCUCGUACGUUUUUCAGGCUAAAAAGGGAGUUUCACGCGCCUCAGGCUAUAAUAUAUACAAAGGCGG